AUGAAGUCUAUAUCUGAUCAAGAGCAAGGUAUAGCCGUUACAACAACACCAUUAAGUGUUUAUGAUACAUAUGAUAAAUGCAAAAAAAAUAUCAUACUAUUUCUGAUAUGUUGCUUCGGCUUUUUAGCUUCAUUUGACGAAGUUGCUUAUCUUCCAGCAUUAUUAGAAAUGGUUAAAGAUCUAGAAACUACAAAAACAUUUGGUUUAUUAACAAUUAGUAUAUAUUUGUUUGCAAUGAGUAUUUCCAGUCUUAUUUGGGGUGUAUUCGCAGAUUAUUAUGGACGUAAGCCGAUAGCAAUAUUUGGCCUUGCUGCAUUUAUUCUGUGUUCAAUUGGAUGUUACUUCUCCCCGAAUAUCUAUAUAAUGUUAUUCUUCCGUACAUUACAAGGGUGUUUUAUCUCCGUAUCGGUAGUUAUAGGACAAGGAACAAUAGCUGAUAUAUAUCAAUCGAACAGUCGUGGAACUCCAUAUGGAGUUUUUUAUGCAUUUUAUUUUGCUGCUGGUCUUUUGGGGCCCGCUCUUGGUGGAGAGAUAUGUCAGUAUUAUGGAUGGAGAUCUACAUUUACUUUAGUUGCAAUGAUUGCAUUUGUUUUAUUCAUAAGCUAUGUGCUCAUUGUACCUGAAACUCAGCAUUAUAAAGUGAUAUGUAAAUAUCAGAUUCAACGAAAAAUAAUCGUGCUGGAACUAGAUCAAGUUUCUAAACCAACAUUAACAAAUCCAUGUUUGCCAUUAUCAUAUCUUAUCGAUUCCACAAUUAUUCCCUAUAUUGUUGUGCUAACUUGCAGUUAUAUAGCAGUGAAUUGUAGUCUUCUGCUUGCACCUACUGAAUUGGGUGAAGCACCGUAUUUCUUCCAACCAGACAUAAUUGGUAUACUAUUCAUCCCCAUCGCCUCAGCUUUUUUGAUCGGUAGUGUCAUCGGCGGAAAAUUAUCUGAUUUAAUAACAAUCAAAUAUUUUCAAGACUCUAAAGUUCUCGAAGGACGUAUGCUCCCUGGAUUAUUAUUUUCCAUAUUAAUAAGUAUUGGCUUGAGUAUUUAUGGAUGGACUUUUCAAAAUGCUAUACAUGUUUCAGUUCCUAUACUUGGACAAAUAUUGGCUGGAUUUGGUCAAGCAGCAUCUCGUCCUGGUGUUGUUUCAUACUUUACAGUGAAAUAUCAAGAACAUUCAGCUAGUAUUAUUGCGGCAAAUAUUUUUGUCCAGCAACUGUCUACAUCGAUUGUUCUGACAUUUACCGUACAAAUCGUGCAAAUUAUUCAUGAAGGAUUAUUUUUUACAAUUUUAGCUGUUUGUAACAUAUUGACCACGAUGAUUGCUGCCGUUAAUAUUUGUAGAAAACUCAAUUUAUCCAAAAGUCUCGAGAAAAAUUCGCUUCUAUAA